AUGCCUCGCAGCGACAGGCCCGAGUCCCUGUGGCAGACGAACCUCAAGGCAGAGUCAUACCGCAGGCCACCUUCCACCUCGAUCGUCAAACGGAGCAUUCAGUUAACCUCGUCUUCAACCCCUCAGCCGUUAGAAUGGUCGCGAAUUCACGAGAUUACCACCAGGCAGCUCCGCCGCAGCCUCAACAGGCCUCAACUCAGAUCCAUUGACACAGGAGAGCCCUACGUGACGACGAGGGUCCCUCAUGCCAUGGCACCCGGGCAAAACCCCGGUGCCACAGCACACUCGGUCCCGGACCCAUCUACACAGCCUCACACCCCGAGUCCGAUCCUUUCCACCGUCGGCCGCUUCCAAGACCUCCUAUGA